AUGCUGCUCAAGACACCGCUGCGCACGCCCGGCGAGCAGACGUCGCGGACGCCCAUCAUCGACUUUGGCUCGAUUGAGGCGGAAAAGGAAAACGUGCUGCCGCUGGCGCGCGGCCGGUCGGCGCACAAGCUGAGCAGCGUCAUGGGCGCCAGCAGCAGCGAGCGCAUGCAGCGACGGGCUGCGUGGGAGGAGGAAGUGGCCGAGGCGCGCCUCGAGGAGCUCGACGACCCCCUCGAGCCGUUUGCGCGCUACGUCAAGUGGUGCGUCGACUCGUACCCGUCGGGCCAGACGGCCGAGUCAGGCCUCGUGCCCCUGCUCGAGCGCGCCACCCGGCGCUUCAAGGGCGAGCCACGAUACGCGCAGGACAGCCGCUACCUUAACCUCUGGGUCCUGUAUGCGCGCAACGUCGACUGCCCCGCCGAUGUCUGCCACUUUCUCGUGGCCAACGACAUUGGCACGGGCCUCGCCACGCUGUACGAGGAGCUUGCGCGCAUGCACGAGGAGGCGCAUGCGCUGCAGCGCGCCGACGAGGCCUUUCAGCUCGGCAUCCACCGCCAGGCCACGCCGCUCAGCCGGCUCAAGAAGCGCUACGACGAGUUCCAGGCGCGGGUCAUCUCUGCCUCGUCUUCUGCCUCGUCUUCUGCUUCUUCUUCAUCGUCGUCAUCAUCGUCAUCAGCAUACAAAAGAGCACUGGCGCAGGCCAUGCACGACGCCUCGCGGUCCACGCUGGGCACCAAGACGCAGUCCGGCACGAGCAUGAGCGCCAACACGCUCCGUGGGCUGGGGCAGGCCAGUAGCAGCGGCAGCGCCCUCGCUGUGUCGUCGAGCAGCAAUGGCCAGCGGCCGGCCGUGUACGUGGACGGGGACGACAAGCAGCAGCAGGACGUCUUUGGCGGCGUGCCGGGCAAAAGGGCCGCGUGGGACAGCGUCGGCACGGCAGCGAGCCGGACACGGGAGCGGGCAGGCGGCGCCGCCGAGCAGCCGCGGCCGUGGAAGGGCGCUGUGCUGCCCCAGGCUGCGACGCCGGCGUCUGCCAAGAAAAAGACGGCAGCAGCAGCAGCAGCAGCAGCAGCGAUGGCUGUAUACCGCGACUCGGACGACGAAGACGAGGGAGCAGCUGCAGCGACGCCGGCCAAGCAGCGCCAGACGCCGUCCAAGUCGCAGCGGAGCGAGACGGACCUGCUGCGGCGCAACCCGCUGAUGCACUACAGCCAGCAGGAGCAGCAGCGCGCCGCUGAGCCCGCUCGCGCGCCCGUCGAGGCAGCCAGCGAGGGCGACAGGCAUCGGCCGAAGAGCAAGCCUGCAGAGGCCAGGUCAGGCAGCGGCAGCAGCAGCAGUAAGAGCAAGGACAAAGACGGGAGCAAGAAGUCGAGCCGGCGGGAGCGCGAGAAAGCCGAAAAGGCGUCGGACAGGGAGAAGAAGCCCGAGCGACACGCAUUCAACCUCGAGCUCCUCUACCCGCCUGGCCAGGCCGAGCGGUGCAUUGACGAAGUCAUGGCCCAGCAGCGGCUCGGCGAAGAGAAGUCAGCCUCCUCGCACGACGAUGACCCCUGGGCCCACCUCGAUGCACUCGAGCGGCGGUGGUGGCCCGAGAUGCACAGCGCACCGCACCAGUCUGCGCAGGAGUCGAUGCAGAUUGACGGGGAAGAGGAGGACGAGGAGGACGAGGAAGAGGAGGAAGAAGAGGAAGAGGAGGAAGAAGAGGACGUGACUGCCUCGCCGGCCAAGAAGCGGGUCAAGCGCGAGCCGACGGUGACGGCCUUUACGCGCGCAGCCCAGGACGACGUCGCCGCCAUGUUCAACCCGGGCAACGUGGACGACGACGACAGUGAUGAAGACGACGAUGACAGCGGCGACUCGUCCGACGAGGAGGAGGCCGUCGACGAAAACAUGCUCACGCCCGCCCCGCCGCAGCCCAGCUCGCUGCAGCGGCCUGCCGACGACGACGACGACGCGCAGGCGCAGCCGACGCCCGUGCGACGGCCGCUGGGGGCCAAGGCGGCCGAUGCGCGCCCACUGGCCGAAAGCACCCCGCUGGCGAUGGCUACUCCUGCUGCGCCCAGGGCGAGCCCCGACACGGCGCAGAGGGCUGCCCAAGCCAAGCGCAUCGAGUCGCACGUCUAUAUGGACGAGGACGGGGAGGAGGACGGGCCGCAGCGGCAGCGGCAGCACGACGAGUUCCAGCAGGAAGAACAGCAGCAGCAGCAGCAGGGGCACAAGGGGCAGGGGCAGCAAGCGAACGAGGACGAGGACGAGGACGAAGAGCAGCAGGAGUUCCAGCCGGAAGAGUACUACGACGACGAGGAAGAGGAGCCGCCGCUGUACCCCAACGAGCGGCGCUACGUCGGCAAGGCGCCCUCGCUGUCGUGCAUCGCCGAGAUGACCGAGAUGACGCGCCUCACUGCCCCGCCCACGCCCUCGGCCUCGACGACGUACUCCUCGUCGCGCCGCGCCACCCUUGUGGAUGUCGACGCUGAUGUCGACACGGCACCCACCGACACGGCCGCAGGUGCGACGACGACGGCUGCGACGGCCGAAGCCGACCAGGGCUUUGUGGCCAGCGUGGCCAGCGUGGCCAGCGUGACCAGCAGCAGCGCAGUCGCCGUGGCAGCCGCAGCAGCAGCAGCAGCAGCAGCAGCAGCCGAGGCGUCCUUUGUCUCGUCGGCCGAGGAUGCGCCCCGCGACUUUGGCGACGAGGACCCGUCGCGGUGGGAGGGCAGCAACUGGGGCGAGAUCGACGGCGACGAGGACCGCCGGCUGCCCAAGGGCUUCACCAUCGAGUGCCGGCCCAUCGACGAUGACGAUGACGAUGGCGAUGAAGAGGCAGGCAACGACAGGGCAGAGACGCACGAGGCCCUCGACAGGAGCCUCGUUGUCGUGGAAAGUGCGCCUGUCGCAGUGGCAGCAGCAGAGUCAGCAGAAGCAGCGGCAGCAGAGACAGCCAGCGGCGGCAGUGGCGGCCGUGGCAGCGGCAAUGACGGCGACAUCAUCGACCACAUGGGCCAGAUCGACGCCGUGCUCGCGCGCCUCGAGCUUCCCGUCGAGUCGUCGAGCGACUACUAUGACCGCUCCCAGCAUGUGUCGCAGCGCCUGGCGGACCUCGAGCGGCGGUGGGUGGUGCAGCAGCAGCAGCAGCAGCGGCGCAAGUCGGCCAAGGGCGGCAGCCGCAGCAGCAGCCCGGCACCCCAGUCGCCGUGGCGCCUCGACAUCGACGGCCACUGCUUCGACGUCAAGGCCAAGCUCGGCGAGGGCGGCUUUGGCGCCGUGUACCUGGCCUACGACGCCGACGACUGCGUGCCUGCGCCCAAGCGUGUCCUGGGCGGCAUCGUGGGCGACUCGAGCCAGAUUUCGGGUGGCGUGCAAGGCGACGACAGUGAUAACGACGAUGACGACGACGACGACGACGACGAGGAAAGAGAGCGCAAGAAACUCGUCGCCAUCAAGGUCGAGGCGCCUCCCAAUCGCUGGGAGUUCUACAUCCUCGGCCAGCUGCGCGCGCGGAUGCAGGGCAGUGCGCGGGGCGUGCAGCUCCUCCAGUCGAUUGUCUCGGCCAGGCGCUUCUACAAGUUUGCCGACGAGAGUCUGCUUAUUCUCGAGUACGGCGAAAAGGGCACCCUGCUCGACGUCGUCAACCAUGCCACGCGGGCAGGUGUCGCUGCCGUGGCCGCGCCUGUCUCUGCGCCCGCCAUGGCUGUAUCCAGCGCGCUGUCCUCGUCGCCCACGAAGCGGCCCAACGGCGGCGGCGGCGGCUUUGGCGCGACUGAGAUGGCGACGGGGGCUGCGGGGCUAGACGAGGUGCUGGCCAUGUUCUUUACCAUUGAGCUCCUCCGCCUCGUCGAGGCCAUGCACGCCGUCGGCCUCAUCCACGGCGACAUCAAGAUCGACAACUGCCUGCUGCGCCUCGACGAGCCAGGCGCCACCGAGGUGUGGACCAACCACUACCAGGCCGACGGCAGCGACGCCUGGUCGACCAAGGGCCUCACCCUCAUCGACUUUGGCCGGGCCAUUGACACGCGCCUCUUUGCGCCCCACGCCCGCUUCACCGCCAACUGGGCCCCCACCGAGGCCGACUGCGACGCCGUGAGGCACGGCCGCGAGUACCGCUUCGACAUUGACCACUGGGGCCUCGCCAGCGUCGCCUACUGCCUCCUCUUUGGCCGCUACCUCGAGGCGGAGAUGCCUGCCUCCGACGCUGAUGCUGACGCCGGCACUGCCACGGGCCGCCGCUUCCGGAUCCGCGGCACCCUCCGCCGCUACUGGCAGGUGGACCUCUGGACGCGGCUAUUUGACCUCUGCCUCAACUCGUCCUCCUCCUCGCCCAACGACAAGGGCGCAAACACCGACGCCGACCGCGACCUCGAGACGGAGCGGCACCUCGGCGUGCUGCGCGGCGACAUGGAGGCCUGGCUCGCCGCAAACUGCUACCGCGCAGGCAAGAACCUCAAGGGCAGCCUCAAGAAGCUCGAGCUGUGGGCCAUGGCGCGCGCCGUGCUGUAG